CAGGCCAGGGACUGUCGAAAGAGCGGUGGCUUUCUGCCCAAUUGCCUCUGCAGUCGUUAUCCGAGCUGCGAUUCAACUAAAGUUUUGGACACGGCCGUGCCUUGCCCCUCCUCCUCCUUCUCUACUUUCUGCCCCGCUACCCCUCGUCAACCCUCGUUGCACAUACACAAACACCACUCACAAUGGCGUCCACACCCAAUGAAGGCUCCAAUAGCCAACCGCCCCAGCACAAGCAGCUCGAGCAGCUCCUCAACACACCCGAUCGCCGGCCCUCUCCUCUGCCCACACAUCUGAGCGCACCCGGCUCCUCAGGACACUCGACCCCCCGAAUCAUCCCACAAGAAGGCUCUGGCGGCUCUGGAUAUGUCGCCCCCGUCUUCGAGGGCAAGGAGAAGCAGAUGGAGGCCGUCAUGGAUGGCGUCGAGGAAAAGGGCUUCAUGCCCCCAGAACUCGUCGAGUCCGAGACCAAGUGGUUUUACAACGAGCUCGGCAUUGACGAUAUGUACUUUGCUACCGAGACUGUCGACGCAAUCGUAAACCACAUCCACUCGCUCUACGCUGCAAAGGUCGCCGCCUACGCCAGAGACGACAAGCGUCUUGAGAUCCGCCUCGACAAGGAGGCCUCAGACCACGCCGUCUACAUUGACACCAGCAGGCCCGGUGUGUCCGUCAUAGAUGGCCCACAGUACGAACAACGCAUAGGCAAGAAGUACCUGGCCGUCUCAAAACCCGGUCUUGCCUACCGUAUCGAGAGUUUCCGCUCCGAGAGCCCACUGCCAGGAAGCGAAGACCAACAGCUCCGAUGCUACUUUGUCUACCAGUGUGACUUUGUAGACCCUAACCCGAGCGAGACCGAGACCAACCUUGAGAAGAUUGGUGACAAGCGCUUCCUGCAAAAGGCUACUGCCAACACAAAGGCCAUCUACCAGCAGAUUCUCCAGGUCGCUGUAGAGCGUACUGGACCCGUCAUUGACCAUUUUGACAUUGAGGGCUCCCGGGACAAGCGCCUGGUUGUUGGUUUCAAGCGCGGAAGUGCUCUUGGUCUCUUCAGCGCCUUGAGCGACCUGUACCACUACUACGGUCUGACGACAUCGCGAAAGUACGUCGAGCAGUUCUCCAACGGCUACACCGUCAUGUCCUUGUACCUGCGCCCGUUGCCCGGAGCGGCCGGUGCCAAGCACCCUCCCAUUGAGGCGUCCAUUCACCAGAUCACCAAGGAGGUUUCGCUGCUCUACUGUCUCCCGCAGAACAAGUUCCAGACUCUCUUUGCCACAAGCAGACUCAGUCUGCAAGAGACCAUCUACGCACACUGCGUCUGGGUCUUCAUCACACACUUCCUCAACCGCCUUGGAAGUGAGUACACUGCCUUGUCAGCAAUCUUGGAUUCUGAGAACAGCGUACAUGCUGAGCUGCUGUCCAAGCUCAAGCGGAGGUUGCGUGCUGAGACAUUCACUGCCGACUACAUUUAUGAGAUCAUCAUGGAAUACCCCGAGCUGGUCCAUACUUUGUACCUGCCCUUUGCAAAGACCCACUAUGUCCAGACCCGUGGCCAGGAAGACGAUUUCCUCCCAACACUGAGUUAUCUCCGUCUUCAGAUCGACAAGGUUCAGACCGAUGCUGAGUUGACCGACACCAUCAACAAGGCUGUAGUCAACGACCACCACGAGAUGGUCAUGACCUCUUUCCGCGUCUUCAACAGCUCUGUCCUCAAGACCAACUUCUACACCCCCACCAAGGUUGCUAUCAGCUUCCGUCUGAACCCCAGCUUCCUCCCACGUUCCGAGUACCCUCAGCCGCUGUACGGAAUGUUCCUUGUCAUUGGUUCAGAAUUCCGUGGUUUCCACCUCCGCUUCCGUGAUAUCGCUCGUGGUGGUAUCCGUAUCGUCAAGUCUAGGAGCCAGGAAGCAUACUCCAUCAACGCACGCUCAAUGUUUGACGAGAACUAUAACCUCGCAAACACACAACAACGCAAGAACAAGGACAUUCCUGAGGGUGGAUCCAAGGGUGUCGUGCUUCUCGACUUCAAGCACCAGGACAAGGCUCAGGGUGCUUUUGAAAAGUACAUUGACAGUAUUCUCGAUCUGCUUCUGCCUCCCACCAGCCCUGGUAUCAAGGACCCUAUUGUCGAUUUGCACGGCAAGGAGGAGAUUCUGUUCAUGGGUCCCGAUGAGAACACGGCUGAUCUCGUCGACUGGGCAACCGAGCAUGCCCGUGUCCGAGGCGCACCAUGGUGGAAGUCCUUCUUCACUGGAAAGAGCCCCAAGUUGGGUGGUAUUCCUCACGACCGUUACGGCAUGACUACUUUGUCUGUGCGCGAGUACGUCAAAGGAAUUUACCGCAAGCUCAACCUGGAUCCUAGCAAGGUCCGCAAGAUGCAGACUGGUGGCCCUGACGGUGAUCUUGGGUCAAACGAGAUCUUGCUCAGCAACGAAAAGUACAUUGCCAUUAUUGAUGGCUCAGGUGUUCUUGUCGACCAGAACGGCAUCAACCACGAGGAGCUUGUACGCCUGGCCAGGGAACGCAAGAUGAUCAACCACUUUGAUGUGUCAAAACUCUCAUCUGAAGGCUACCGUGUUCUGGUUGAUGACACCAACGUGCGACUACCAAACGGCGAUCUCGUCUACAAUGGUACGACUUUCCGCAACACCUUCCAUCUCCGCAGCGACAUGCACUACGAUACCUUUGUUCCUUGCGGUGGCCGACCCGAGUCCAUUGACCUGUCCACCGCCAACAAGCUCAUCGUUGAUGGCAAGUCGGUUAUCCCAUACAUUGUCGAGGGUGCAAACUUGUUCAUCACUCAGGAUGCCAAGCUCCGUCUCGAGAAGGCUGGCUGCAUCUUGUACAAGGAUGCUUCAGCUAACAAGGGUGGUGUUACUUCCUCCUCGCUUGAAGUCCUUGCAUCCCUGUCAUUCGACGACGAGAGCUUCAUCAAGCACAUGUGUGUUGGAGAGGAUGGGCAGGCUCCCGAGUUUUACAACAACUACGUGCGUGAGGUCCAGAAGACUAUUCAGAACAACGCCCGUCUCGAAUUCGAGGCUAUCUGGAGGGAGCACCAGGCUACUGGCCAGCCACGAAGCGUUCUGAGUGACACGCUCAGUACCGCCAUUACCAAGCUGGAUGAGGAGAUGCAGAACACGGAUCUCUGGAAGAACAUUCAGUUCAGGGAGUCGAUUCUGAAGGAGGCACUUCCCAACAUUCUGCUCGAGAAGAUUGGUCUUGACAAGAUUAUGGAGAGGGUACCAGACAACUAUCUCCGUGCCAUUUUCGGUAGCUACCUUGCUAGCCGCUUCGUAUACGAGUACGGUGUAUCGGCCAGCCAAUUUGCUUUCUUCGACUUUAUGAGCAAGCGCAUUACAAAGGGUAACAAUGCUCCUCAUUAAGAGAGGAGAAUAUGUGCAUACAGCAUCGCAAACUUGAACAGGCGUUUGGAUUGGAUACAAAAAGUUUGAUUUGUUUUUGGAGGUCGAAAAGGGAGAGAGAUCCCCUGACCAUGAACAUGGCUAGCGGCGCUUAUAGGGCUCACUAGUGUGGGUCUGCUAAUGGGCGGCUUGUUUGCCGUUACGAAUGAAU